CGCCAUGCUGUUCCCGCCAGAACGUUUUUUUUUCUUCCCGCUUUUUAUUUCGUCUAGAUUUUUUAUUGUUGAGGUUUUCUUUAGUUGACAGCUAGCUGCCGAUCUCCUCGCGUCGAUAUAGCCUCCUAACCGUUUAUUUUGUUCUUUAUCACCAACAUUCAAAAUGUUUGAAGCGCGACUUAUCCAAGGUAGUAAUCUCAAGAAAGUACAAGAAGCAUUGAAAGACAUUGUUACAGAAGCAUCAUGGGAUUGCACAUCAUCUGGAAUAAGUUUACAAGCAAUGGAUAGUUCCCACGUCUCACUAGUGCAACUAACUUUAAGAGCAGAUGGGUUUGAAAACUUCAGAUGCGAUAGAAAUCUGGCCAUGGGCAUCAACAUGACAAGCAUGGCAAAAAUUAUGAAAUGCGCUGGAAAUGACGAUAUUAUUACCCUAAGAGCAGAAGAUAAUGCUGAUAUGUUGGAAUUGAUUUUCGAAUCAUCGAAAGGUGAUAAAUAUUCUCAAUACGAAAUGAAGUUGAUGGACCUUGAUUGUGAACAACUCGGAAUCCCUGAGCAAGAUUAUAGCUGUUGCGUGACACUUCCCUCCCAAGAAUUCGGAAGAAUCUGCCGAGAUUUAAGCCAAAUUGGAGAAUGCGUUGUCAUCACUUGUACUAAAGAUGGAGUGCAAUUUUCUGCAAAAGGAGACUUAGGAGCUGGAAAAAUUAAACUUAAGCAAAAUACUGGCUCUGAUAUCAAAGAAGAAGAGCAAGUGACCGUCGAAAUAUCAGAGCCUGUUCAGCUGACUUUUGCGAUAAAAUAUUUGAACUUAUUUGCGAAGGCAUCUCCUCUCUCACCAUCUGUAUGUUUAUCAAUGUCAAACAAUGUUCCACUCGUUGUUGAAUACAAAGUAGCAGACAUGGGUCACAUCAAAUAUUUUCUUGCUCCGAAAAUUGAAGAUGAGGAAGAACAAGACAGUUGAAGAAACUUCUAGUUUUCACAUACAUUUUGUUCAUAAAAGGAAAAACAAUAGACUACCACAGUACUAGUUGGCUUAUGGUCAAUAAAUUAUACACACUGCCAUAAGGAUAUAAAUAUCAGUUAUGAUUACUGCUCCAUUGACAUUCCCAUUCACCAACAUCAAAUUGAUUACUGGAUUAGAUAAAAUUCCAUAUUAUGGCGAUUGCUUUGUUAAUAUGAAAACAUCAUUUUCUUGAUUUUGUCUUGUCAAUUUAUCUGAACUGGCCUCAUUUGACCUGCCUUCCCUCUCAACUUAACCGAAGUUACUCCAAGGUCAGCUCCAUUUAUGGAAGUACUCACCUCCAAAGCUAUAGCUUCAUCCUUCCUUUUGGUAAUUAUCGACACGCUGACUAAUUUGUUUCUUUCAUCUUGGGUUGUCAGCAGUGCAAGCUGAUUGAUUUGUUUUGCAUUAUCGAAUGAAACCUCAAAAAAACAUCUUUGCUUUAUCAUGUUGGAUGAAUAUUGCUAUUGAUAAAAUAUUUGUGGAUUGAACAAUUAACACUUUGGCCUUAAAUAUAUAAUAUUGUUGUUUUUUCAAACUGUCUUGUAUUUUGCUGUAGAGCUCUUUCUCUUAAAUUAAUUAUUUCCAAGAUUCGAAUUGAAUAUUUGAAAUUUAUGUAGUGCUAUUUAACUUUGUAGUGAACUUCCUAUGAAAAGAAGGGUUUCGAUUUAUUUAAUCUUGUAUUAUAACUCCGAAUUAAUUGAAUUCUGUCAAAUAAAAAUGACAACUUUUCAACUGUCCUAUCUGUAUAAUUAUUGGUGUAAAUUUUUCAAUACUAACAUCAUGGUUUCUCUUAAUAAUCAACACUGCCUCUCAGUUUCUAACUUGUGUUUCAUGUGUUCGUUAAUACAUAUUUUAGAA